UUUGACAAAAAGGGAAAAAGUUUAUAUGGGUAUAGAUACAAAAAUUGACAGUGGAAAAACAGAUUCUGAAGAAUCUAAUUCAAAAGGCAUAAACUUUUAUAAUAAUAAUAAAAAUGAAAUCCUCACUCUCACUUUUAGCUUCUACUUCUUCUUCCUCGUUUUCUCUGUGAUCAAAAAACGACAAAAUGGGAAGAGGGAAAUUCAAGGGCAAGCCAACCGGGCACCGCCAUUUCUCUACUCCCGAAGAGCUCCUUGCUGGUAGCUCUGCUCGUCCCCGUACUUUUAAGAAGGAACAGGCUGAAGUGGAGGAAGAAGAAGAACGGUCUGAAGAGGAAGUAGAAGAAGAGCCUGAGAAACGAAAAGGGACCCAAGGGCUUAUUGAGAUUGAGAAUCCAAAUUUGGCCAAACCAAAGAAUGUCAAAGCUAAAGAUCUUGUUAUGGGCAGAACAACUGAACUAUCAAGGCGUGAAAGAGAGGAAAUAGAAAAGCAAAAGGCACAUGAACGAUAUAUGAAGCUGCAGGAACAAGGGAAAACUGAACAAGCAAGAAAGGAUUUAGAGCGCUUAGCCCUGAUAAGGAAACAACGGGCAGAGGCUGCUAAGAAGAGAGAGGAAGAGAAGGCUGUGAGAGAACAGAAGAAAGUUGAAGCUCGCAAAUAACCAAGCUGAGGAAUCAAUUAUGACAAGAUUAUCACAUCGGUACUGACAACUAUUAGUACUUGAACAAAAAAUGGUUCAUCUAUCCAUGCAGCAGUGAUUGCAUUUGGUGGCUUGUAGUUGGUUACUUGGUUGCCAAGAAGGGUUUCUGGGAGAACUUUUACUUGCCCAUGGGCUAGUUCAGCCAGGGCCCAGACGUGUAGUUGAUUGCUGAAGACCUGAUUUAUUGAACUUAGGUUGUAAAAGUAUCAUGGAAGUCCCUGUAUUAAAAGUUAGAUUAAAUUUUAUCUUUUUACUUAAAAUGAAUAAUUAGUUAUGUACACUAGAUCAAAGAAUAAUUUGGUCUUAUUUGUUAAAAAUUUAUCCAUCUAAACUAUUAAAAA